AUUUGAUUGUUCAGAUCUAUCAUCAAAAUUCAUCUAUCUUGAAGCGAAUUACAUUUGUAUAAAGAUUUAUAAAAUUGUUAUUUUUAUAUAUAUAUAUAUAUAUAUAUAUAUAUAUAUAUAUAUAUAUAUAUAUCGUAAAACUCAUCAUUUUAUUACGAUAUUAAUCUUUGAAUAAACGUAACUCGCUCUACGAUCGGUCGAUUUUGAUGUUUACAUAUCCAAUAGAAGUAUACAAUAACAUGCUACGACAUAAAACUAUUUUUUUUUAAUUCAAAUUCUUAUAAACAUAUUUCGUACACACUAAUUUCUUAAUGAUUAUUAUAAACAAUUUUCAAAUUUUUAACAAAAAAUUUCAAAGUUCUUUUUCUCAAAUAUUUCUAUGACUCAUUGUACAUAAAUACAUAGACAUAAAAACGAUGAUUAUUACGAAUUGCUUCCUGAAAGAUCUAUCUAUAAAUCUAUAAAAAAGGAGAGAUUAAAGUAACGAAUAUUUACGCGAACCUCUUAAGAUAGUAUAGUAUCGAAUAAUAGUGCGUGUGCAUGUGCGUGUGCGUUUGAGAGGAGAGAGAGAGAGAGAGAGAGAGAGAGAGAGAGAGAGAGAGAGAGAGAGAGAGAGAGAGAGAGAGAGAGAGAGGGAGAGAGAUGGAAAGACAAAAAAGAAAAAAGAAAACAAAAUGGCGAGAAGAUACGAAAGUUUCACAUAAAUAUGACUUUCGAUCUUUUUCGAUUGUUCGUAAAGUGCUCGGAUGGAUCUAACGAAGGAAUUACAUAUCAUGGCUGCGUCUAUAGACUCGUGAGAAUGCACUUAGUACGGCACAAGAAUGUUUAAUAUAAUCUAUAAAUAAGUGCGACGCGAAUACGCUCGAAUGUGACCGGUUUAAUAUUUGCGAUGGUUCAUUCAUUCUAUUAUUCCAAUCGAAUCUCGUUCAAAACCCAGCUACGAAUUCUGUAUUCGUGAAAAAAAAAAGAAAAAGAAAAGAAAAAAGAAAAAGAAAAAGAAAAACAAGGUGAAAUGCGAAUUAAAUGAUCUUGAUUCUUGGCAGUAAGAUUUCGUUUUGUACUUGUUAGCAUAUCCCUUCUUUUCUUUCCUUUUUAUCCAUUUCGAUUUAAAAGUUAAUCUUAAAACAUCAACUGGGAUAGAGUAGAUUAUAUUAUACAAAGGAAAUAUAUGUAUUUGUUUUGUGUAAUAUCUCAAAUGACCUUAACCAUUAUCAUAAUCACCGACUCGAUAUAUGAGUAUAGAUCGCGUGUAAACAUUAUACGUAUCUAUAUUUUCUAGAUUUAGUACUCCUAGAAGCAUUCUCAUACUUUCGAAGCAACAAGUUUCAAUCGGCUCAUGAAUUAUAUAUAAUAUGCUUUUCUCAAUGGAUAAAAGUUCAUAUUAAAAUCUUAUGUUGAUGUGUUUAACGUCUUAUCGAUUAUUAUACGUAUGUAUAUAACGACGAACGAUAAUAACACAUACUUGAAAGUCGAGUACAUAUACUCGACUAAGUUCCCGAUCGGUGGGAGUGGCAAGUAAAGUAAACAAAACGGGACCAAUCGGGAAGAAAGGCUGGUCCGGCUGAUGUUUGUCUUUUUACCCUCCCCCUAUAUCCCCUUCUUACUUUAAGGGAUGCUGGAAUCGCACCCAAGUCGACACCCUGUACAUCCCUCUUAGCCAAUCGUCUGUUUCUUGCGGAAGAAACUAAAUCCCGGAGAUUAGCUUGGAGAUCUUCUUCCUUCUUAUCCACUGAGAAAGUUCUUCAGUCUGUGAUUAACGAUUGUACGAGAUCAUUGAUCAUUGGAAAAGCAUUUUUUUUGCCUAUUUAAAUUUUCUUCAUCGACGAAUCACGUGGAUAUUUUUACAAACAUUUUCAUAUCUAAAAUAUUAUAUCUAACGCUUUGUAUUAUAGUUUUUUUUUCUUUCUUCGUUCUUUUGCUAUAUAAUCAACAGUGACGAUUUUUUUAAUAUAACAAAAUGAAACGCGUGUGUAAAAGAUAUUACUAAAUGUUGUGUCCGUUCCAUGUGAAGAGUCAAAUAAUAUAAAAGACUGAUUUUCAAAACAAACGAUUUAUAUCGAUGCUGCGUACGAAGAGUAAAAACAAAUCGACAAAUGAGGCUAAUGAGGAACAAAGUAAGCAAAGAAGACCGAAAUGUGCGCGUUGUAGAAAUCACGGUUUAAUAUCGUGGUUAAGAGGACACAAACGAGAAUGUCGUUACAGGGAAUGUCUCUGUCCAAAAUGUUCCCUCAUAGCUGAACGUCAACGAGUUAUGGCUGCGCAGGUCGCUUUGAAGAGACAACAAGCUGCCGAAGAUGCAAUAGCCUUGAGGAUGGCGAAAGUAGCUACAGGUGAAAAACUCAACCGACUUCCAGCAGGGAAAAUAUUUGGGAUGGCUGUGACCGAACCGAAAGGAAUAUCUAGUCAAGAAGAAGAAAAAGAUAAGGAUAUGAGUCCUCGAAAAGUCGAUUCUCCAUUGGAUGAUUCAACGAAGAGGAAUUCGACUGACGAGGGAACGAGAUCGAUGAAAGGAGUAAUAAACGGAUCGAUGGAUAAAGAAGUUUCGGUAUCCCGAAGAUCAAUCGAGACUUUGGCUCGUCUCUUUCCUAGAACUAAAUUAUCAGUCUUACAACUGGUUCUCCAACGAUGUGGCCAAGAUCUAUUAAAGGCAAUCGAGUAUUUUGCUAGUGAAAGUUUUGGGAUUGGUUCUAUGUCCAGUGCCGAGGUUCCAACCUCUGCCUUUAGACCACCUCAAACGCAAGUUACAUUGGAUCGAGAAAGACCGACAAAUGAUAUAGAUCUAUCGACCAAUAAUCACUUCUCUCCGACUUCCUCGAAUUUUACUAGAAAUCUUUAUCUUGAAGAUGCUUAUCGACUUCUCAACGUCCUACCUGAACAUCUUUCCAAAAAUAUCAGUCCAAACACCGGACCAACAACUUAUCCCACAUCGAUCAUACAUCAUUCCGAUUCAUCAGAUCCCUCGACUCUACCAAUCUCUUAUGAUCGAGAAACCGUUGCCCUAACCGUUCGAUACAACGAUUACUUUGCUUCCAGCAUGCAACAACAACUUAGAGAUCGUGUUUAUGCUCAAGUUACCGAUCGUCUUGCCGAUCAUCUUGCCGAUCAGCUCGCACCACCUAGAUCAGCUACUUUACAUUUACCACCUGUAUUUCCUGGUAUUCCUUGUGUCCUACCAAAUUGCACUCAGUGCUCCUAUAAUAUACUCUGAUUCGUUCCUCGAUCCUAACGUUAUUAAUUACGAUAGAAGAGAACUGCCAAAAUUUUAUCAUACUUGAAAAUAUUUUUAGUUAUAUCCAUUUAUUUUUUACGAAUUUUUAUGAAAAUUAAUAUCAAAGAUUGU